CUGCCGCCUACGAGCCCUCCCCCCACCACCACCUCCCCGUAUACCCAAGCCAUUCAUGGCCAUCACCACCAUGUGUCGCCUCCUCACCUCCGCCUCUCCUCACCCACUCCGCGCUCCUCUCCAUUAAAACCCAAGCAAGCUCCGCCUCGAUCGCUUCCCUUGAUUAGCUCUCCGCCCUCCGCUGUCUCCGUUGACGGCCGCGAGCGUGCGUUGGACUUGAGAGCGCGGCGGCGGCUAUGGUGGGCAUCGACCUCAACACCGUGGAGGAGGAGGAGGAGGAGGACGAAGCGGAGGGAGGCACCGGCACUCCUCCGGCGCCGGCGAAGGCGGGUGGCGGGGUGUGCCUUGAGCUGUGGCACGCCUGCGCCGGCCCCGUGGCGCCGCUGCCGCGGAAGGGCAGCGCCGUGGUGUACCUGCCGCAGGGCCACCUCGAGCACCUCGGGGCCGCGCCAGGCGCCGCCGUCGCCGCGGUGCCGCCGCACGUGUUCUGCCGCGUCCUCGACGUCAGCCUCCACGCGGACGCCGCGUCGGACGAGGUGUACGCGCAGGUCUCUUUGGUCGUCGACAACGAGGAAGCGAAGAGGCGAAUGCGGGAGAGGGAGCACGGCGCGGGCUGCGACGGUGAGGGCGAGGACGCCGUGAAGCGGCCGGCCCGGAUUCCCCACAUGUUCUGCAAGACGCUCACGGCCUCCGACACCAGCACGCACGGAGGCUUCUCCGUGCCGCGCCGCGCCGCCGAGGACUGCUUCCCGCCGUUGGACUACAGCCUGCAAAGGCCGUCCCAGGAGCUCGUGGCCAAGGAUCUGCACGGCACGGAAUGGAGGUUCAGACAUAUCUAUCGAGGUCAACCACGGAGGCACCUUUUAACCACUGGAUGGAGUGGGUUUAUCACUAAGAAGAAGCUAAUUUCAGGGGAUGCAGUGUUAUUCCUCAGAGGUGAAGAUGGAGAGCUUCGAUUGGGAGUGCGCCGCGCUGCUCAGCUAAAAAAUGUCACCCCUUUUCCUGCCCUUCAUAAUCAGAUCUCAAGCACUACAAGUCUUAGUGAAGUUGCGCAUGCUGUUGCCGUGAAAAAUAUUUUUCAUAUCUACUACAAUCCCAGGUUAAGUCAGUCUGAGUUCAUUAUACCCUAUUGGAAGUUUAUGAGAAGCUUCAGUCAACCCUUCUCUGUUGGAAUGAGAUUCAAAUUGAUAUAUGAGAACGAGGAUGCUUCUGAAAGAAGGCGCACUGGGAUAAUAAUUGGAAGCAGAGAGGCAGACCCAAUGUGGCAUGGUUCGAAGUGGAAAUGUUUGGUGGUGAAAUGGGAUGAUGAUGUGGAGUGCCUUCGGCCUAAUGGGGUAUCUCCUUGGGAGAUUGAGCUUAGUGGAUCAGCUUCAGGAUCUCAUCUAUCCACUCCCCAUUCAAAACGGCUGAAACCAUGCUUCCCUCAAGUUAAUUCAGAUGUUCUGCUUCCAAAUGGAAGUGUUUCUUCAGAUUUUGCGGAGUCUGCCAGAUUCCACAAGGUCUUGCAAGGUCAAGAAUUGUUGGGUUUAAAAAACCAUGGUGGUACUGUUAAUACAGCUUCUCAGGCGACUGAAGCAAGAAAUUUUCAGUACACUGAUGAACGGAGUUGCUCUAUCAACAUGAGUAACAAUAUCUUAGGGGUUCCAAGACUUGGUGUGAGAACUCCAAGUGGAAACCCUGGGUUUUCCUACCAUUGCUUAGGCUCUGGGGAAUCUCAAAGAUUCCAAGAGGUCUUGCAAGGUCAAGAAGUGUUUCGUCCUUACCAAGGAGGGAUUUUAUCUGAUGACUGUAUAAGAGGUUCUGGCUUCCGUCAACCUGAUGGCAACCAUGCAUCUGGUGCAGCGCUUAAAUGGCUUGCACCACAAGGAUGUGGUCAGCAUGGGAUAACCACACCAGUUCUGCCGCAAGCGUCCUCUCCAUCAUCUGUGCUAAUGUUUCCACAAACUAGUUCAAAGAUGCCUGGCCUUGAAUACAUAUAUGGAUGCCUGGACAGAAAUGAGAAUAGCCGACGUUUUAAGGUUGGACCUACCCAAGAUAUAGGAAGAACUGAUGAAACAUUACGACUCUGGCCUCGUCGUAUGUCAGGUAAAGCACUAGAUGGAUGUAUGGGAACUGAGAAGUUGAACUCCCCUGUUAGCGGUGCAGAGCAUGAAUCAAAUAACAAGUGUCUUAAUACAAAUGGCUGCAAAAUCUUUGGUAUAUCUUUGACUGAAAAGACCCAGGCAGGCAAUGAAGUGGAUUGUGGCAAUGCCAGUUAUCAUUCUCGGUUCCAGUCUUUAAAUUCACAGAUGCCAAAAUCACUAGGAAGCAGUUGUGCCACGGUUCAUGAGCAAAGACCUGUUGUUGGCAGGGUGGUUGAUAUUUCAGCAGUGAAUACGAUGAUCUGAUACACUUGCUGUAUCCGGGGAGUAUAUGCAGAAAUAGUGACCAGCGGUAUUUUGAGUGUCCCUCUUUUACUGGUGGUGGACAAAACUUCCAUUCUGGCUAUCUCAUCCCUCUACGUGCUGUUGCCUCCAAUUACUAGCAUUUUGUCAGGCCACAUCCUGGAUGAUGAAAAGGAGGAAAUCAACACUAAAGUACUUCUAAGCUUUGAAUCUCUAGUGUAACUCAUGUUUUUAAGCUUUCGUUGUAAUCAGCAUUUAUGUUGCGUGACCUUGCGAUUUUCAGUUGCACGUUAAGACAAGCUCUUCUAGAUGACUUAUUUAUGUUAGCAACACUUCAUUUCCAAUUUCUAAUUUAGAGGGCUUGUGCGAUAAGACAGGAUCUUUUUCCAAUCUCCAAAGUUUGGCGAUCGUUCGGAGGUGUUUGUUUGCUCCUGGAACGUAUAGUGAUGCAAGGGCGAAA